AUGGCCGAGAAGACCUUUCGCUAUGGAUUCAUCAUGCUGGGUUUCUUCCUGGUGAUGACGGGAAUGUUCAUCAUGAGUGUGGAAAAACCCCAGAUCUACAUCACCUUCUGCGCCCUGGGCGUCCUGCUCGUAGCCGUGGGCAUCACCUGGAGCAUGUGCCAGUGCUACCCAAAGAUAACAUUUGUUCCUGUGGACCUUGAGGCUGAGCGGUUCCUGGACCACAAACCCAUCGUGCUGCCAGAGAGGGACACUUGCUUGAUCGUACCCUGCCGCAACCAAGAGGCCACCAGCACCUACGAGAAAAGCCUGCCAUCCUAUGAGCAGAUCCAGAGGCAGGCGGUGGGCUCGGCUCCACUCCCACCUGUGGUCCAGCCCAGACCCCGCAGCUGCUCCCAGCCGGCAGUGCAGGCGAAAGCAGAGGUCCACCGGGAGCUGGGGGGUGCUGGAGACCCCCACGGAGAGCUGGUGCCUCGGCUGGAAACGGCAGCAGGCAGCUGCCCCCCGCGGCUGGCCCCAGGGGACGCACCACUGGCAUCCCUCCUGGAGGACAUGGACACGCCGUCGCUGGAGGGCUCUGUGCCCGGCAGCCCAGUGCCACAGGGCCGAGCCCUCCCGCCAUCCUGCUCUGGCUGCACCCCGACCAGCUCCCCAGUGAGGGGAGAGCACCCCAGUUCCCCCCGCAAAGGCACUGGAGAGGAGGAGGACCUCUAUUAUGGGCUCCGAGAGGGGCCAGACACUCUGCUUGAGGAUAGCGACUGCCUUUUUGAGCCUGAAAACUGA